AUGAGUCGUCAAGCCACCCUCGCCACCGCCUCCAAGAGCGGCAGCAGCGGCGGAGCCAGCCGGACCUUCAGCGGUCGCUCGGCCGUGGUGACCACUAGCUCCACCCGGACCUCCGGCUCCCGGGCCGGAGGAGCGGCCGUGGGCAGCGGGAUGUCGGCCUGCGCCGGCUACGGCGGCAUGGGAGGGGGCUUCGGCAGCCGGAGCCUCUACAGCCUGGGAGGCAACAAGAAGAUCUCCAUCAGCGUGGCCGGGGGCAGCGUGGCCGGGGGCGGCUUCGGUGGCGGCCGGAGCGGCGGCCGGGGCAUGGGCGGAGCCGCCGGGGGCUUCGGCGGAGGCUUCGGAGGAGGCUUCGGAGGAGGCUUCGGCGGAGGGGCCGGGGGCUUCGGCGGAGGGGCCGGGGGCUUCGGUGGCGGCGCCGGGGGCUUCAGGGGACCCGGCGGCUUCGGCGGACCUGGGGGCUUCGGUGGGCCCGGAGGCUUUGGAGGGCCCGGAGGCUCCGGGGGCUUACCCGCCAGCAUCCAGGAGGUGACCGUCAACCAGAGCCUCCUGCAGCCCAUGCACGUGGAGGUCGAUCCGGAGUUCAGCGUCGUGAGGAAGCAGGAGAAGGAGCAGAUCAAGACUUUGAAUAACAAGUUCGCCACCUUCAUCGACAAGGUGCGAUUCCUGGAGCAGCAGAACAAGGUGCUGGAGACCAAAUGGGAGCUGCUCCAGCAGCAGGGAGGCCAAUCCAAGACGGGCACCAACAACCUGGAGCCGUUCUUCCAGACCUACAUCAGCAGCCUGCAGUCCCACCUCAGCGGGCUGCUCAGCGAGAAGGGUCGCUUGGAGGGCGAGCUGACCUCCAUGGAGGAGCUGGUCGAGGACUUCAAGAAGAAGUAUGAAGACGAAAUCAACAAACGCACAGCCGCCGAGAACGAGUUUGUGGUCCUGAAGAAGGACGUGGACGCAGCCUAUAUGACCAAGGUGGAACUGGAGGCCAAGGUCGAGAGCCUGUCGGACGAGGUCAACUUCCUCAAAGCCCUCUACGAUGCUGAAAUGUCCCAGGUGCAUUCGGAGACCAGCGACACGUCGGUGGUCCUGUCCAUGGACAACAACCGCUUCCUGGAUCUGGACAGCAUCAUCGCCGAGGUCAAGGCCCAGUACGAGGAGAUCGCCCAGCGCAGCAAGGCCGAGGCCGAGGCCCUUUACAAGACCAAGCUCGGGGAGCUGGAGAGCACUGCCGGUCGCCAUGGAGACGACCUGAAGAGCACCAAGAGCGAGAUCUCCGAGCUGAACCGCAUGAUCCAGAGGCUGCGGGCCGAGAUCGAGAGUGUCAAGAAGCAGAACACCAACCUGCAGACGGCCAUCGCCGAUGCCGAGCAGCGCGGGGAGCUGGCACUCAAGGAUGCCAAUGCCAAGCUGGUGGAGCUCAAGGCCGCCCUGCAGCAGGCUAAGGAUGAUCUGGCUCGGCUGCUGAGGGAUUACCAGGAGCUGAUGAGCGUCAAACUGUCUCUGGACAUUGAGAUCGCCACUUACAGGACCCUGUUGGAAGGAGAAGAAUACAGGAUGUCCGGAGAAUGCCAGAAUGAAGUCAGCAUUGCCAUGGUCAGCAGCCACAGCAGCAGCAGCAGCGCCGCGGCCGGAGGAGCCGGAGGGGCUGGAGGCCGGAUCCGGGGCGGGAUCGCCGGCGGCGUGAGCAGCAGCGUGAGUGGAGGAGGGAGCCGUGUGAGCAGUAGCACCGUGAGCAGCAGCGUGAGCGGAGGAAGCAGCCGGGCAGUGGGAGGUGGCCUGUCCAGCGGCGCAGUGACCAGCGUCGGCGGGUCUAGGGCCGUCGGAGGGACCAGUAGCUCCAGCCGCGUAGCCCCGGCCAGUGGCCUCACUCAGAGAGCCACCACCAAGUUCUGAUCUGCCCGACCAGAACCCAAGGCAUCCGCCCCAGUCCCUGCCCCUUGAGGCAUCCUUCCCGACUCCUUCCCCGUCCCGUCCUCUCCGGCCGGGGGGAGUCCCACCGCCUCUGCUUUCUGUGGGGGUCACACGUGCUCUGCCCCCGCUGCUGGACAGCUUCCCUCGUCCCCCUCCCC